AUGGCUCCUCCAUCCUCCGACUUUGUCUCCCCAAUUCAUCCUCCAUCCCUUUCUGCUCGAGGUGCUCAUCAGCCCAGCUUUCAGGAUUUAAUAAUGAGUUAUCUUGGGCUUCAUUGGACAAAUGAUCUACCUGGAGCAUUGAUACAGAAUUAUAUCAAGUUCGCUUUCAACUGUACUUGGCUACACCUGCAACAUGAUGCAUUUCUCUUCCAGUUUAUUGAAUAUGUGAAGUUCAUACAAUGCGCCAGGUUCUACUACAAUAGUAUGACAUACAAAGUCAUGGAGGAGAGGUGUUCAGAGAAAGAUUUAUACAUGUGCCAGGUUCUGAAGUAUGAGGAUCCGGUGCGACAGGAAGCAACACUGAAUAUGGUUCCUAUAGAUGAACUUAAGGAGAAGGCGCUUAUUUCACUGGCAUCCUUGGAAAAACGGUUGCCCAUAGCCUACAUGUUUUCAGUUUCUACUUUGUAUUGUCACCAUGUCUCGUUGAAUAAUAGAAGUAAAUCAAUGAAGGAUAUUAUGGUGAAUAAUUCGGUGUUAAUGCUCAUAGGUGUGGAGAGUCGACCACGACGAGCUUGGCUAAUGUCAACACGUGAAGCUGGGUCAAGUACAGAAGACGAAAUGCAAGAUUCAAGAUCACUCUCCUGUUCUAUUUUCUUUCAGGCCAUGAGUGACGAUGUCUUAGUUAGAGCUACUACAUUCAAAGAGUAA